CACGAAUUGUUUUGAUUCUGAUAUCGACAGCUGAAACGAGAACCUGUAGAAAGCAGACAACUCUCAGUGUAGUCUAAGAUUAGUUUUGUUCACAAAAAUAAUCUUGAAAUUAUUCAUAUUGUGCUUCAUUAUCUCAAAAAGUGAAAAUGGGCCGAGUAUUUCUCCAUCAUAUUGGAGGCAAUCGAUUAUUUUCUUGUGCCAGCUGUGACACACCUUUAACUAAUAGAGCAGAGUUGAUUUCCACCAGAUUCACAGGUGCUACAGGCAGAGCAUUCCUCUUUAAUAAAGUGGUGAAUUUAAACUUCAGUGAAGUUCAGGAUCGUGUGAUGUUAACAGGAAGACACAUGGUUCGCGAUGUUUCUUGUAAAAACUGUGAGGCUAAAUUAGGAUGGAUCUAUGAAUUUGCUACAGAAGAAAAUCAACGAUACAAGGAAGGAAGAGUUAUAUUGGAGAGGGCUCUUGUUACUGAAAGUGAAGGCUUUGAUGACCAUAUUCAAAAUGACAGUUGAUGCGAUUUGUGUAGAUAUUUGAUAUUUCCACUGUAAAUCAACCAAAUUCCAUCCAGGCCCUGCUUUGACAACAUGAACUGAUCUUUUGUCAAAGUGUUCAGAGCUCUGUCAGAGACAACAGUUCUUCAGAUUGGAUCUGGAAAUUAUUCUAAAAUACUCUGAAAAAGAAUCUCAAAUAUUUUUACAAAUCUAUUAAAAUAUAUGAGAUCUUUUAAAAGUAACAUUUAGUUAUAAGACUGAUCCUUUCUUUUGAAUUUGUGUUUGUCAAAGGAACUUGUUAAGAGUACAAACCUUUGUGUUGCUGUGAAAGUUUCAAGGUUUUCAAUGAAUGAAGAUUGUUUAAACUUUUUUCUAUGUAUUAAUGAUGAUAAAAAUUACUCCAAAAAUAGGAUGAGACUCAAAGUUUCUAUGACUUUUAAGCCAUUCUCAGUUUACAUAUUGAUUAACUAGGAAUUUCCCCCCAAGAGAAGUUGGCGCUUGGAAAUGGUAUCUUUAUGUCUAAAUAGUAGAAACCAAUAAUUUAUUCUUAGCUUAUGUGUUCUAUCUUUUGAGUUAAUGUAAUAGUAAAAAUAUUCAAUUCCUUCAAAAAGAGAAAAUCUCUAGAUUUUUAUGACCCAUUCUGUAAAUGUAAACAUAUGAUCAUCUUGCAUAGGAAAUUGGUUUGACCUUCUGACCUCUUUAUCUAUGUGAAAACCAGAUUAUAAAGAUUGUUUACUUACUGAAAGAUUAUGUACAGAUAUAGAUAAUCUUUAUAAUGUUAUAUGAUAUUCUUAAUUGGCUACUAAUUAUGAUAAUUACUAUAUAUGAAUAAUUUACCACUCAUGUAUAUAAAAAAUGCAUUUUGUAAAGUCAUUUCUGUCUGUAGAUUUAGGACAGGCAGAAAGCAAGCACGAGUCUUCAUACAGGCUGAUAGUGUGUUACACAGAACAACAUGGCAAGGCAACUGAUACAUAUAAGAUAUACAUGUAUAUGUUUUUUUUUUCAAUGAUGAACAUGUGAAUGCAUCAUGUAAAUUUACCAUAAUAAACUUAGUAGUUCGUC